AUGGACCGUCGAUAUGGGGGAGGACAUCGAGGAAGAGACCCACUUGAUGAUUACGGUGGAGCACCAGGAUCAACGCCAAUCCGUGGGCCGCAUGGGUCUCGAGAACAUCAUGACCCUUAUAGCCACUCUCCACUACCACCAAGCUUUCCGACAUCGUAUUCAGGCCAGCCACCAUCAUCUGGCUCAUCAUCUAGUCAACAGUCACAGGAAUCACCCACUCGCUUGCAACUGAGGGCUGAAGUGUCUAGUCUUAAAAGAUUAAAUGAGGAUCUGACGGCCAAGCUUGGAGCAAAAAGGCAUCGUCCAUGGGCUGCGUUGCAGGAUGAUUCGGAUGGCCAUGCGGAAGGACGUUGCCUUCGAAAGGCUGUUUCAUUGUUUGAUAGUAUUGAAACUCUUCAUCUUGCCCAGGAUGUGCAUCAUUUGGACCCGGAGACACUCAGCAUGACUGCUAGCCAGAUUACCAACCGCUACAUUGACUUUGUUUUUAGCCACAUUCGUAACUUUCAAAGCUUCAAACUACUGCUCAGUUACGUUCCAACUCUGCGCCCAAUUCUCAGCCCUACGUUUGACUGGCGAGUCAAGUCUGACAAUUUAGCCUUUCUUCGUAAUGUUGAAAAAAAGGGAAAUGCUGCACGAUCCGACAAUGUACGCCGUAUGAAGGAAGAAGUCGCUACAUUUCUGAACCAAAUGUACAACCCAAGCCAGCAUUUUUUCACAAAGAGCAGGGAUCAGCGAGGCCUUCAAAACACAAUCACUGGCCGGUUGCUUUGUCCUAUUAUGCAUGACUGGUCAAACGAAAUUGUUAGGGCCAAGGUGUGUGCUGGUGAUGUAGACUUGAAACCGCGUCUCCGAAAAACAUGUUUCUUGGGUGCAUUGUAUCCUCGAAAUCAUUGUUUAGAUGGCCAUUCCCUCGACUAUCUGUUUUUGAGAAGUACACUCUUAGUCAAGACUUACUGUGCCCUAUUCACUGGCCCGGCAUCAGCGGAAGCCUUUCAUCCCGAUGAUACAGUGGGUGUUGGUGCCAUGCGUCUGGCCAAUUUUCGUCGGUCUCGGAAGGCAACAAAAAGGUCUGUUGCGGCUAUUAUCGGGUUGGAUGGACGUGUAACCCCUCGCACAAUUGCAUAUGCUGCGGUCAUUUUGAUAUUUAAUCUUACCGACGCAACUCAAUGGCAAGAUGAAUAUUAUUACAUCAACUUUAGUCGUCUCUACAACUUUGUUGUGGAUUAUUUUGAAGAUACACGCCAGCAUUCAGAGGAGCACAAAAAGCACAUCACAGAACUCUUGAAAUGGUGGAACGAUAUGGUAUUCCCUAAUGGACCGGUCACAACUGAAGUUGGAGAAGAUUCAGAUGAUGAAGAUUCUCCCUUUUCCAUGCUUCGUGAGUCGCGUGCGGUGCAUGCGGGGGAAGGGAGUGCGUAA